AUGCUGGUCCGGUCACCAAUAGUGGUAGAAACUCCACUCGACCCAGCGAUUUCCGCUGAUGGGACUGCAGUGCGACGCGACUCCUCUGGUGCGGGUCGCGGGUCGUAUCCCCGCAGAAUACGGACUGCGUCGUUUGGUCGAGCGGGCUCCUGCAAUGAAGCAAUUCCCGAGAAUGGCGGCAGCGCGAACGUCACCGGGAACAGUGCCGCAUCUGACGCUCCCACCCCCGUCUGGGACGCGGAACCCGCGGCGAGUGCGUACAAUGAAGGAGCCUCGAGAGAGGGCGCUUCGCCUGGUGACCGGACCCCUUCAAUACUGCGUGCGUCUCCGAAAGCGUCGCAGAAGCUUCCGUCGUCGUCGUCCCUCCCGCCGCUCCUUCCGGCGACGGAUUCGACCGACAGCAGCAGCAGCGGACGAAGCAGCAGCAGCAGCGGCCGGCACGGCGGCCUGCACAGCGGCUCGAGCCCGUGGGACGGCGGCCUUACCUCCCCGCCCACCCCCUCCCCGAACAGCAUCAUCGGGAACUGCCUUCCCGCCAUAAGCGGAACUCCCAACGCAGUUGGCUCCGGUCGACUGGGCGCAAAUCUGAUGGUUGCGCGCGCGCCCACUCCAGCGCUCCCCUCGCCGCCGGAAGCGGAAGGAACGACGGCCAACAGCGCGGUUUCGCCGGUGCCCAGCGAAGGAGGCAGCGCAAGCGCGGGACGGCGCGGGGCUGCAAGGAUGAUGUCGAUUCGCGGACGGAAGACGGAGAAACGUGGGGGGAAAGGUGCUACGGGGAGCGAAUCCGGCGAAUUGAGCUUGCAGGGUUCGCCGCAGCAUUCGCAGCAGGAGCGGAUGCAAAUCGACGGGGAACAGCGCGGAGAGCCAGCCCUGGCGGAAGGGUCGGCAGAAAGCGUUUCUACGCGCGCCGCCAAGCCCCCCCAGCAGAGGCCAGCGACGCGGGGAAGGGAAUGGCGGAAGGGUCUGAAGAGUUUGUUCGGGUCAAAUUCGGUCAAGCGGAGGGGGGAAGCGGAGGAGGGGGGCAGUGUCCGAGGCGGGGGAAACACAGCUGGCGGAGUCGACACUGUGAUGACAGGGGAAGCGGACGUGGCAGAUACGCGCAUGGGGGAGGCUUGCUUACGGGGGGAAGAGGGGGAAUUGUCUGGCGGAGGCGAUUUUGUAACGGGGAUGAGCACAGCGGAGAUUGAUGAGUCGGGCGACUUUCGGCGAGUUACAGUGGAGCUACAGUUCUUUCAAGUUAACUCCACCAAGGAUCUUGUUGCAACAGUGCAAUUUCUCCCCUCUCACGCCCAGCAGCAACGGGAGGUGCAGCAGGCACAGGCGGUGCUGCAGCUACAGAACUACGCUGGGCUGGGAACUGUUGUUCUCGAGGGUGUAGACGGUGUGGUAACCAGCUGUAACACCAGCGCAACGAAUAUCCUGGGAUUUCCAGAACCGUACAUUAUGGGGCAGACGCUACAGCACUUUGUAAUGGAGUCCGACAAGGCUACUUUUGGGGAGGAGUACAGCAAGGUGCAGCAGGGUGUGCAGGAGUGGACGCAGCAGGAGAUUCGGUUGAGAAAGAUUGACCGCAGCACAGUGGCGGUUCGGAUCACCAUGACUGGCCUCUCCACCUCUGGCCCCCCUGCUGCUGCUGCUCCACCUGCUGCCACCCCGCCUGCUACCGCUGCCGCUGCUGCUGCUGCCGCUGCUGCCGCUGCGGCUGCUGCUGCUGCUGCUGCUGGUGUUACUGGUGCUGCUGAUGCGCCUGUCGUUGCUUCAGCCGCUGUUGUUCCUGCUGCAGCUGCUGGGGACACGGACACGAGCAAUAUGAGCCGCACCAGCAGCCACGAGAGCGGGUCGAGUGGGGGCGAGGCGGGGCGGACAGCAGGCAGAGAACACACGGCAGUGCUCUGCAUGUUCCAGGACAUCAGUGCGCAAAAGGCCCUGGAGCAACACAUGGAGAACUACCGCAUGAUGGUGGAACAUUUCCCAGCCGGCGCGGUGCUCAUCUCCCAUGCGGGCGAGGAGGGGGAAACCAUCCUCGUUAAUAGCACGCUCGAAGCCAUGCUAGGGUGCGAGAAGGGCUCCAUCAACAGCGUCGACAAAUGGUUCACCACACUCUACGCGGAAAAGGCCCGGCGCGCGCGACAACUGCACGAGGCGAGACGGGUGUCCGGGAGCAGCAAGGACGUGACGAACACGGUGCAGCAGAUCAAGAAGAAGGACGGGUCGAAGCUGGUGGUGGAUGUGACGACGUACCAGUUUGACCUCGGGGAGAUGUGGCUCGUGAAUGACAUCACUGAGAGCCGCAAGAACCAGUUCAAGUUCCGCAUGCUCUUCGAACUCUCCUCGGAUCCCAAGCUUCUACUCAACCAGGACGGGCGCGUGUUCGACUGCAACCAGUCGGCCAUCCGCAUUCUCAAGUGCGGAACCAAGGAGUCCCUCCUCGGAAAAACCCCCUGGGAGCUCUGCCGCCCGCAGCAGCCCUCAGGCCAGCGCUCCGCGUUCCUCAAGGCCGUCCUAGACGACCUCGCCGCCAGCAACAACGUCCCCGCGCCCGCGACCGGCUCAGGCGCAGGCUCCGCGGGGGGAGGCGCGGGGGGGGGGAUCCCGGGCGCGACGGUUCUCAGCGGCGCGUCCGCGGUGGGCGGGGAGAAGCGGUACCGAUUCGACUGGGUGUUCGAGGACGAGGAGGGGCAGGACGUACCGGUGGAGGUGUUAUGUAAGAUGGUGAAUUUCUUUGGCGAACCGGUGUAUCUGAUGGUGUGGCACGACAUGGCGGAGGCGCGCAAGCAGGAGGCGGAGCUGCGGAGGGCCAAGGCGGAGGCGGAGAAGGCGAGCAAGGCGAAAACGCAGUUCCUGGCGAAUAUGAGCCACGAGAUCCGCACGCCCAUGAACGGAAUCAUCGGCGUCGCCGAUCUGAUGCUCGCGACGCCGCUUUCGCCGGAGCAAUGCGCGCUGCUCGAAACCCUAAGAUCGUCCUCCGAGGGUCUGCUGCACAUCCUCUCGGACAUCCUCGAUUUAAGCAAGAUCGAGAACGAGAAGAUGGUCCUCGAUUUUAGCAACUGGCGGUUGCGGGAGAACGUGAGCAACUGCGUCGCGCUGUUCCGCGGAUCCGCGACCGGGAAAAACAUCCGCAUUAAAGCGCGAGUCGAUAAGGACGUCCCGAUCGAGGUCUUCGGAGACUGCAUGCGCGUGCGUCAGGUGGUCACGAACCUACUCAGCAACGCGAUUAAGUUCACGUCGGCCGGCGGGCACGUGUCGGUGCGCGUCAGCCUCGUGGAUCCUCACGCUCCGGGCCGCGGAAAGCGGCGGGAAUCGUUCUCGAGUUUGGAGCCGCUAAGAGAAAACGCGGAAAUGGAUAAGGUGGUGGUGCAGUUCGAAGUGAAAGACACGGGGAUAGGAAUUCCGCCCCACGCGCAGAAGAACCUGUUCCAAGCCUUCAAUCAGGCUGACAACUCCACAUGUCGCCGAUUUGGAGGGACGGGCCUUGGCCUAGCCAUUUGCAAGGCACUUGUCAACUUGAUGGGCGGCGAAAUCACCCUCUCAAGCGAAGAAGGAAAGGGGUCCACCUUCACCUUCACUGUGUGCCUCGGGGUCACAGAGCCUGCUCCAAGUGAUGCAGAGAGUGACGGGGAAGAGAGCAUUGGUGAUGAGAGCGAGGAGGAAGAGGAGGAGGGAGAGGAAGACGAGUACGAGGAGGUCGAGGUAGAGGAGUGGGAUGAGCUGGGGGAAGAGGAGGACGAAGAAGGGAUAGAGGGUGAUAUGCACAUGGAAGGAGAGGAAGGAGAGGAGUGCGUGUCGGGGAGCGAAACAGACGACGAGGAGGAGCAUUGGGCUAGGCACUUGGUCCGUGCGGCGACGGAGAUCGCCAUUGGUCGGUCGCGAAAGUCCCGCUAUCGCAAGGGAGGAGGGAACAAAGAAGCAGUAAACCACAAGGAAGCAACAACAGCACACAAGGAAGCAGCAGCAGCAACAACGCACAGAAGCCUUGUUCCUAAGCAACAUUCCAUGGAUUGCGACAGUGAUGCAACUUAUGAGACUUCUCGGUCGCAAAUGACAACUCCUACCUCUUCCUCUUCUUCUCGGUCUAUCUGGUCUGCUGGGAGCCGGCGACUCAACCGCAGCCCCACCCCUCGGCACAAGAAGGCUCUGCGCCGGGCAGAUUCAAAAGAAAUCUUUCUGCCCAUUGCUGUACCUGCUAAUGCCAGCAGCAGCACCAGCACCAGCAGCAGCAGCAGCAACUGUACCAGCAAUGCUAACCCCCCAGCAGCAUCUCCUGCUGCUCCAGCUAUCCCUGCUUCACCCACCCUCACCUGGCCUCCCACCACCUCUGCCGCUGCUCCUGCUGAGGACGUCUCUUCUUCUCCUGCUCCUGCCUCUGCCGCCGCUGCUGCCCCUGCUCCCCCUGCUGUUCCGUCUUAUCCGCCUCCUCCCAGUCCUGCUGCAAUCUCUGCUGUCAGAAGCCUUUUCAGCAAGUCUAAGAGCGAUAAUUACUUGCUGAAACCGAGUGCAACGGAGGGGAAAUUCCUCACCCGCAGCAAGAGUAAACCCAGGAACCUAAAAACCGCAGGCAGCACCGGAGGGAGUGCCGACAGGAGUGCAGACAGCAACAGCAACAUCAAUAGCAACAGCAGCGGUGGCAGCAGCAGCAGGAGCAUCCAAAGGGCCAGGAGCACAAACAGCUUCACAGAGAGGAUUAGUGGCACUGGCGGCUCUAACAGCAGCAGCAGCAGCAGCAUUGUUCGCAGGAGCAGCAGCACAACCAACCUCAAAGAAAUGGCCAGCAGCAGCAACACCAGCAGCAGCAGCAGCAGCAGCGCCAUCAGCAGCGGCAGCAGCAGCGGCACAAGCAGAAACGGCAGCAAUGGCCGGCGAGUGUCUAUUGCCAUAACCAAACCCUCCUCGUCCUUCAAAGCUCACUCACUGCAAGACCCCUCCGGCCCUCCCCCCCGGCGAUGCAAGACGCAGGAGAGACCUCCUCGCUCCCCUUGCUCCAAAUCUUCCCCAGCCAUCCCUCUCACUUCCCCCCUGGCCUCCGUGAAACGAACCGGCAGUGCCCAGUCUCUUGAAAAUGCUGGGAAAGCAGGAGGAGGAGGGGGGCAUGGGCAUGGCGGGCACGGGCACAAAAAAGUUUUCACGGACGAGCCGCCCACGCAGCUGCCCGAGUGUGUGAAGUCGUGGAAAGUUUUGGUUGCGGAGGACAAUACAGUGAACCAGAUGGUGGUAACCAGAAUGCUGAAGAACCUUGGGAUUUCCACGGAGGUGGCCGAGAAUGGGCUCAAGGCGCUGCACGCGUGCGAGAGCAACCACUACGACUUCAUUCUCAUGGACUGCCAUAUGCCUGAGAUGGAUGGGCUAGAAGCGACCAGGCAGAUCCGGCAGGCGGAGCAGCUGCUGCCGAGCCGGCCGCCCAAGUUCAUUGCAGCGCUCACAGCCAGCGCGUUUGACUUCGAGCGCGAGGCGUGCUUUGCUGCGGGCAUGAACCACUUUCUGACGAAGCCCAUUCGGCCGAAAGACCUGGAGGACCUGGUGAUGAAGCUGGUGGAGAUGCGCAAGUGA